CAAUUAUGAAAAAUUUCUUAAAUCUAUAAGAAAGGGUACAAUUCUUGUCCAUAUAUAUGCUUAAAUUUUUAUGUUGCUGUAAUGAUCACCAGUAAGAAGCAUCCCUUCUCGAUUUUUAGUCAUCAUCUAUGAUGAGAGUUUAACGAACAGUUGAAUUUCUGUAGAAAAUGGAGCAUGCUUUUCACUUUUCCAACCAUUGAUUUAAACUUAUGAAUUAUUACUCAUGACCACAUUUCGAAUUCUUGUUCUUUUAUAGAUAUGAGCAUCUUCAAAUAAACUAUCUUUCUUCUUAACUCAAAAAGGGUAUGCACCUUAUGAACAAGUCUCUUGCUCCUAAUUAAGAAAUAUACUCCUGCCGCUAGACUUAAUUUUAGUAGAUUUAAACUUAAAAAUUCGAAUUAUUCGUACUUCCAUGAUGCUCCAAAAUAU